UCCAUAUUGCAAAGUAUCAAGAGUAAAAGGACCGAAUUCUACGAUCAAUCCCUUUUGUUUUUAUGAUUUGGUUUUCUUCUACAAGCAUCAGCAGGAAUCCAGGAUUUCAAAAGCAUUCCUCGAAGACAAAAAGUUUUCCCACCUGAUAAGACAAAAGGAAAAGAUUAAAUUGCAUUUUGCUAAAUUAAUAAUGGGUGGUGCAUCAUUGACAGAGCUAUCAUUUCCACAAAACGAUUUCCUUGAGCCAUUGUUUACUGCUUCAAAAUCGUCUGAUUUGAAAGAAACAUUAGAGAUUCUGAUAGCAAUAGCUAAAACCGAUGAUGGUCGUGCAGACCUUGCUUCCAAAAACAUUCUCCCGGUUGUCCUUCAGCUUAUCACCCAUCUACUAAAUGAUCCCUUUGAUCAUGAAUAUCUCUCACUCUCUUUAAGACUCAUGAGAAACUUAUGUGCAGGAGAAGUUGCAAACCAGAAGUCUUUUAUUCAAUUGAAUGGAGUUGGGAUUUUUUUGACAGUUUUGAGGUCUAAAAAGGUUGCUUCUUCUGAACCAGAUCAUGGGAUUAUUCGAAUGGGCUUACAGGUUUUGGCGAAUGUUUCUUUGGCUGGGAAAGAACACCAACAAGCUAUUUGGGGUGGAUUGUUCCAUGAUGAGUUAUAUAUGCUUGCAAAAGUUCGGAGUCAGGGGACUUGUGAUCCUCUGUGUAUGAUUAUUUAUGCCUGUUGUGAUGGAAGCCCUGAAUUAGUUUUGCAGCUUUGCGGGAAUCAAGGGUUGCCUAUUGUUGUUGAAAUUAUACGAACUGCAUCUUUAGUUGGUUUUGGAGAAGAGUGGCUGAAGUUGCUUCUCUCGAGGAUUUGUUUAGAGGAUAUUUACUUCCCUCAACUCUUCUCAAGAAUAUAUAGUGUUUGUAGUUAUUGUGAAAAUGGAGAGGAAAUUAGUUUAAGCAGCAAUCCAUUUUUUACUGAACAAGCAUAUCUUUUAAAUAUCGUGUCAGAGAUUUUGAAUGAGCGACUGAAGGAGAUUACCAUUCUCAAUGAUUUUGCUUUGUGCAUUUUUGGAAUAUUCAAGAAAUCAGUUGAAGCUUUUGAGUUUGGUUCUAGAGCUGAAUCUAGGCUCCCGACCGGGUUUGCUGUUAUUGAUGUCCUUGGUUACUCACUCACCAUUUUAAGAGAUAUAUGUGCUAACAAUGGUGGAGUUGGCAAAGAAGAUUUGGUAGAUGUUGUUGAUUCACUCUUGUCAUCUGGACUGCUUGAUUUGCUCUUAUGCCUGCUUCGUGAUCUAGAGCCUCCAAAAAUAAUCAGGAAAGCCAUGAAUCAGGCUGGUAACCAAGAAGCAACCACUUCUUACUUCCCUAAAGUCUGUCCUUAUAAAGGAUUUCGGAGAGACUUAGUUGCUGUCAUUGGCAAUUGUGCUUACCGAAGAAAGCAUGUGCAAGAUGACAUUAGGCAGAAGAAUGGGAUGCUUCUAAUGUUGCAACAGUGUGUUACAGAUGAAGAUAACCCAUUUUUGAGGGAGUGGGGCAUAUGGUCGAUGAGGAACUUAUUGGAAGGGAAUUCAGAAAACCAACAGGCAGUCGCUGAAUUGGAGCUUCAAGGGUCAGUUGAUAUGCCUGAACUAGCUGGACUUGGUCUCAAAGUGGAGGUGGAUCAAAAUACUCGGAGUGCAAAGCUUGUUAAUAUCUCGUGAUGGUAUUGGCUUGGCUAAUUAGAUUGAUUCUCUUGAUCUUGUUUUCUGAAUGGUAUUUCUAAAUUCUGUAAGUGCUACGUCAGCUUAUAUUAUUUCCUAGAGUAUAGAUAAUGAGAAUUUACAAAACUUAGUAAUAAUAUCUUUUGCCUUCAUGGUUCAGCUAAAUUUAUUUUCUGAUUGGUGCUUGGCUUCCUUACUACCUACGCCAUCUUUUUCAUGUCACUGUCAUAAAAAAGGUCAAUUUUUUUUAAUCAUCACUCAUCAUCUACAGGAGACUUGUUUUUCUGCAAGUGCUUCACACAAGAGGAGUUAAUUACAUCAUGCAAAGUUGGGUAUCUAUGUUUGUCUUUUUUGAAGAGGACUUGUAUGGAUAUUCUUUUUGCAGGUUUGUGUGUAUAACUGAAUGGCCGAGAAGACAUGAAAUCAACAGGAGUCGGGAAGACUAAGAAGACUUUCUACAUUUCCGCAUAAUUCAUGAUUUGAGGCUGUGAAAGAGAGUUAUAUAUAAGCCACUUUGGUUUAUGCAAAGACUGAGAAAUCCUACUUACUAAAAAUUGUGGAAUACUUUCCAAAGGAUUUGAAUUCGUGUUAGGUUGGUGUUAUUAGAAUGAUCUGACAGUCUUUUCCCGAAUCUCUGAGGGAGUGUUGUAUGAAAUAUGAGCUAGAGCGUUGAAUGUAUUCUGCACAAUUUUACCUCUCAUUAUUUGAUAUCUGAAGAGCUUGAAAGGUGAUUGCUUUA